AUGGCGCUCGAAGCAGAGACAAAACGCGUUGUCGACCAGUUCGAGCUCUCCGAUGCCUACAUCAACGGUGCAGUCAAGGAAUUCCUCGACCAGAUGCACGAUGGACUCCAAAAAGAUGGAACCAGCAUGAGCCAGAUCCCGACCUACGUCACUGGCGUGCCCAAUGGCACUGAAAAGGGCCUGUACCUCGCCGUCGACCUCGGCGGAACCAACUUCCGCGUGUGCUCCGUCCAGCUCAACGGCGACACCACCUUCAACCUCACCUACAGCAAAGUUGCGAUUCCCAAGGAGCUCAUGGUCGCCAAGACCGCCGAGGAGCUCUUUUCCUUCCUCGCCAAGCAGAUUGAACUCUUCCUGCGCGAGCACCACGCCCAGCACUUCGAGCAGCACGUGCGCCGCCGCCAGACCUAUAGCGCCCCCGAGGGCUACCGCGACGAGCAUGUCUUCCGUCUCGGCUUCACCUUCAGCUUCCCCGUCCAGCAGCUUGGCAUCAACAAGGGCAACCUGAUCCGGUGGACCAAGGGCUUCGAUAUCCCUGACGCUGUCGGCAAGGAUGUCUGCGCUCUGCUGCAGACCGAGAUUGACAAGCUGCAUCUCCCCGUCCGAGUCGCCGCUCUUGUCAACGACACUGUCGGAACUCUCAUGGCGAGGUCCUACACCUCCACCGGCAAGUCGGGCUCCAUCCUCGGCGCCAUCUUCGGCACCGGCACCAACGGUGCUUACCUCGAGAAGCUGUCCAACAUCCAGAAGCCCAUCGUCGGCGAUUACGAGGCGUCAACAGGCGAGAUGGUGGUUAACACCGAGUGGGGCUCUUUUGACAACCAGCUUAACGUGCUGCCCAACACUCCUUGGGAUAUCGCCCUUGACAAGGCUAGCGUCAACCCCGGCAUCCAGAUGUUUGAGAAGCGCGUCUCUGGCAUGUUCCUCGGCGAGAUCGUCCGUCUGACCAUCCUCGACAUGCUCAAGGACGAGAAGCUGUCCCUAUUCAAGGACCAGAAUUCUAGCUUCAACGACUGGAAGUCAACGACCGAUAUCAGCCCCCAGUCCAGCAUGUUCCAACAGUGGGGUCUCGACAGCGCCAUCAUGUCUGUCGCUGCCGCUGACAACACCCCCGAGCUGUCGACCCUGAGACAGGAGCUGGAGACUAUCCUGCACGUCUACACUCCUUCGCUUGAGGACGCCCAGGCUUUCAAGGCCGUCGCAGGUGCUGUCGGCCGCCGCGCUGCUCGCCUAUCGGCGGUUGCCAUUGGCGCCAUUGUCCUCCAGUCUGGCAAGCUUGACGACCCUGAGGAGGAGGUCAUCGACAUUGGUGUAGACGGCAGCUUGGUCGAGCACUAUCCCUUCUUCCGCGACAUGAUCUACGAGGCCCUGCGCGCAAUCGACGGCAUCGGAGCCAAGGGAGCCGAGAAGAUCCGCAUCGGCAUUGCAAAGGACGGCAGCGGAGUCGGCGCCGCGCUCAUCGCCCUUGUGGCAGCUGGCAUGGAGAAGGAGGGCGACGUCUUGACCGAGUUCAGACAAAACGUCAAGAAAGAGCUGGACUCUAUUCCUUUACCUCGUAAGUUGCUACUCACCGAUGCUACCGAGAAGAGGCGCCACGUCGACUGUGACGAUAUUCCUGCCGUUGUGCAUUGCGAGACCGCUGGCUAA